CACAGCCAUCCCUUCCACCGCCAGGCCCGAGAGGUCGGGGAGACUGGCCUGGCCCGGAGCCCCCAAUGAGCCACCUGUCCUCAUCCCCCCAGAAACAUAAGGGGGAGCACAAGGGCCACGGUCUCCCCCGUGGCUCAGAAAGGGGCGGCUCCCCCCGGGACAAGGACCGCAGCGUGACGGUCAGCAGUUCAGUGUCCAUGCCUGCCGGAGGGAAGGGAAACCGGCCCAGCGGGCCCCUGUCUGCACCCCAGAGGAUCCCCAACCGCCUGAUCCACGAGAAGUCCCCGUACCUCCUCCAGCAUGCCUACAAUCCCGUGGACUGGUACCCCUGGGGACAGGAAGCCUUCGACAAAGCCAGGAAAGAAAACAAGCCGAUCUUCCUGUCAGUGGGCUACUCCACCUGCCACUGGUGCCACCUCAUGGAGGAGGAGUCCUUCCAGAACGAGGAGAUCGGCCGGCUGCUGGGCGAAGACUUUGUCAGCAUCAAGGUCGACCGCGAGGAGCGGCCGGACGUGGACAAGGUGUACAUGACGUUCGUGCAGGCCACCAGCAGUGGUGGGGGCUGGCCCAUGAACGUCUGGUUGACGCCCGACCUCCAGCCGUUUGUGGGGGGCACCUACUUCCCCCCCGAGGAUGGCCUGACCCAAGUUGGCUUCCGCACGGUGUUGCUGAGAAUCCGGGAGCAGUGGAAACAGAACAAGAGCACCCUGCUAGAAAACAGCCAGCGUGUCGCGAGUGCCCUGCUGGCCCGGUCGGAGAUCAGCAUGGGGGACCGCCAGCUGCCGCCCUCUGCCGCCACCAUGAACAGCCGCUGCUUCCAGCAGCUGGAUGAGAGCUACGACGAGGAGUAUGGUGGCUUCGCGGAGGCCCCCAAGUUUCCUGCGCCGGUGAUCCUGAACUUCCUGUUCUCCUACUGGCUCAGCCACCGACUGACCCAGGACGGCUCUCGGGCCCAGCAGAUGGCCUUGCACACCCUGAAGAUGAUGGCCAACGGGGGCAUCCGGGACCACGUGGGGCAGGGCUUUCACCGCUACUCCACGGACCGCCAGUGGCACGUCCCCCACUUCGAGAAAAUGCUGUAUGACCAGGCGCAGCUCGCGGUGGCUUAUUCACAGGCCUUCCAGAUCUCUGGCGACGAGUUCUACGCCGACGUUGCCAAAGGCAUCCUGCGGUACGUGAGUCGGAGUCUGUGCCACCGGUCUGGAGGCUUCCACAGCGCGGAGGACGCAGACUCGCCCCCUGAGCGGGGUGCACGGCCCAGAGAAGGCGCCUUCUACGUGUGGACUGUCAAAGAGGUCCAGCAGCUGCUCCCUGAGCCCGUGCCGAGCGCCACGGAGCCACUGACCUCGGGCCAGCUCCUGGUGAAGCACUACGGCCUCACAGAGGCCGGCAACAUCAGCCCCAGCCAGGACCCCAAGGGAGAGCUGCAGGGCCAGAAUGUGCUGACUGUCCGGUACUCGCUGGAGCUGACCGCUGCCCGCUUCGGCUUGGAUGUGGAGGCUGUGCAGACCACGCUCAACACCGGGCUAGAGAAGCUCUUCCAGGCCCGGAAGCACCGGCCCAAGCCGUCCCUGGACAGCAAGAUGCUGGCUGCGUGGAAUGGCCUGAUGGUAUCUGGCUAUGCCGUGACCGGAGCUGUCCUGGGCCUGGACAAGCUGGUCAGCCACGCCACCAACGGGGCCAAGUUCCUGAAGCGGCACAUGUUUGAUGUGGCCAGCGGCCGCCUGAUGCGGACCUGCUAUACCAGCUCCGGGGGCUCUGUGGAGCACAGCAACUCACCCUGCUGGGGCUUCCUGGAGGACUACGCCUUCGUGGUGCGGGGCCUGCUCGACCUGUACGAGGCCUCUCAGGAGAGCGCGUGGCUCGAGUGGGCUCUGCGGCUGCAGGACACGCAGGACAGGCUCUUCUGGGACGCCCAGGGUGGCGGCUACUUCUGCAGUGAGGCCGAGCUGGGGGCAGGCCUGCCCCUGCGUCUGAAGGACGACCAGGAUGGCGCCGAGCCCAGCGCCAAUUCCGUGGCGGCCCACAACCUGCUUCGGCUGCACGGCUACACGGGUCACAAGGACUGGAUGACCAAGUGUGUGUGCUUGCUGACCGCCUUCUCCGAGCGCAUGCGCCGCGUCCCGGUGGCAUUGCCAGAGAUGAUCCGUGCCCUCUCGGUCCACCAGCAGACCCUCAAGCAGAUUGUGAUCUGUGGAGACCGCCAGGCCAAGGACACCAGGGCCCUGGUGCAAUGUGUCCACUCUGUCUACAUCCCCAACAAGGUGCUGAUUCUGGCCGAUGGGGACCCGUCGAGCUUCCUGUCCCGCCAGCUGCCUUUCCUGAGUACCCUACGGCGGCUGGAAGACCGGGCCACGGCCUACGUGUGUGAGAAUCAAGCCUGCUCCAUGCCUGUCACGGACCCCUGCGAACUGCGAAAACUGCUACAUCCGUGACUGUCCAAACCCCCUUGGGUUGGGGCAGAAGGCGGAGCUUCCCGGGUGAUCAGAGAGACUCAGGCCCUGCAGGGCCCUGCAGAGUCCAUGGCCAUCCCUGGGCACCCCAGGGUGAACUCGGCCAUCCUCGCUGCCCCCCCACUGGCACCUGCUCACCCUGGAAUAAACCUAACAGCAUCCCGUGGCUA